AUGUCAGGAUCUAAAAAAGAAGAGAAAAACUUUGAUGAGUACGCAAAAUCCAUAAAACUUAAAAUAAAAAAAAUAUCGAAAGAUGAAAUAAAAACAGCCAGGACAUACGAAGAGGUUAUAAAAAAAUAUAAUAUAAAAAAAGUUCCUAAGGUAUCAAACUUAUCAAAUGAUAAUUCAUCUGAUUAUUUUUAUAAUUUUUAUUAUGAAAAGAAGCAACCUCUUAUUAUAUCAAAAUUACAAGAUAAGAUAGGGCAAUGCAUAAAGAUAUUCAACAGUACAAAUAUUAUUAAACAUAUAGGAGAUACAAAGGUAAGUAUACAUGUAGGUAAUUCUAAAUUCUUAAAUAAUGUAGAUAAAAAUUUUCGUUAUACAUUAUCUACGUUGAAAGAAUUUAUUGAGUUGAUUUCAAAAGAGGAUGAUAAAAAGGAACCUUUUAAAAUACAUUGUACAAAAGACAAAAUCUAUAUAAAAUUUAAAAAAAAAAAUAAGCAAAUAAAACACUCAGAUAUUUCUUCAUAUAAUAGUAAUAUAAAUAAUGAUGUGGAGAAAAAAAAUGAAAACUAUUUGUGUGAUAUUUUAAAGACAACUUUAAACAAAAAGGAUGAUUAUCAUAAUGAAAAAAAGGAUUCCAUAAAUAACGUAUAUAAUAAUACUCAUAUGUAUUUUAUCCAUAAUAAUAAUAAAAAUCUGUAUUAUUAUUAUUAUCGAUCUCUUGGUGUGAACCAAUUUAAAGAUGUUUCAAAUAUUAAAAAGAUGAACUCCUUUAUUAGAGAUAAUUUUUUUUUACCUCAACCUAUAUAUCCUCCUUAUCAUCUUUUUGAUUUUUUUUCUUCCAUAUUAAGAAUUGGACAAACCAAUUUAUUUAUAUGGUUACAUUAUGAUAUACCAGAUAAUUUCUUAAUACAAAUAAAAGGAAGAAAAAAAAUUUUAUUAAUACCACCAAAAUAUAUUCAAUAUUUUAAUAUUAUUGAUUCCUCUUCUUCAUAUAACUUAUUUCAUAUUUUAACAAACAAAAAAUUAAAUACAAGAGAGAAAUCCAUUAAGAAAAUACUCUGUAAAUAUUCUUAUGUAGCCGAUUUAUAUGAAGGAGAUAUUUUAUUUAUUCCUUCCUUGUGGUUACAUUAUGUUUACAACAUGCCACCACAUACAUAUAUGAAAAGAAAAUAUAAACAAAUCCAUCAAUUCUGUUAUAUUAAAAAGAAAAAACAAAAAAAAAAAAAAAAAAAAAAAAGGAAAAUAAAAUUAAAAAAUAAACAUAUAAAUGAAACCUUAUAUGAAAGGAAAAAAUAUAUACGCAUUUUUUCUUAUGGAUAUUCUAAAUUUAAAUUCAUAGGAAACCAUCAAAUUAAAAAAAAAAAUAAAAUAUCAUACAUUCAUAGUAAAAAACAAAUUAAAAUAUAUAAAGAAAGAAAUGAUAAUAAUAAUAAUGAUAAUCAUCAUAAUAAUCAUAAUAUUAAUAAUAAUGAUAACAUCAUGAUUAAUGAUGAUGAAUUAAUAAAACAUUAUAAUCACUUACAAAAUGCUUCAUAUUAUUUACAAAGUAAAUAUAAUAUAAACAACAUAGAUAGUAAUAACAAAAUUAUACAUAACAUAUCAAAUGGUAUCAUUUCUAAGGAGCAUAAUGUAAAUAAAAAUAAUCAUUCCUCAAAUGUAGAAAAAGAAAAAUAUAACGAUUCGCAAAAUAAUACACAUAUAGAUGCCAAAUUAAAUAUAAGUAUCAAUUAUUUUUUUAGAAAGAAAAACGAAGCCAUGAUUUUUAAUAAAAAGGAUUUAUAUGGAAAUCAAGAUAUAAAUGUAGCCAAUCAAAUUUUUAAAAAAAUUCAAAAAGAAAUAGAACCAUUAUUAAAUAUGAAUCCAAAAUAUAAGAAUUUUUAUAUACAAAAAAUUAAGGGCCUUCUUUACGCAAACCUAGAUGAAGAUUAUAUAUAA